CCAAGCUAUGGCGGCCGCGUUCUCCCUCCGCGAUGGCGCGCUCUCUUUUCCAUUCCAGCGCCACAAUCCCGAGCCGGUGAGCUCGAAAUAUCGCUGCGGCGGCAGGAUCAGGAUCAAGAGCGCUCGCGCGUCCACGAUCUUGGAACAGGAAGGUAAAUCGCGCGGUAGCAGCGAUAAUCCAUCGCUCGCGGCUAGGGUUGAGCGAUCCUUGCUCGGCGUGGCGCAAGCAGGGGAGUCUCCUCGCGCACGGAUCCAGUAUCUGCUUGAUCGGGCCGCGCGGCUGCCGCGGCUCGGGGACGAGGAGCGCGUGGCGGAGAACAGGGUCAUGGGCUGCACUGCACAGGUUUGGCUGACGGCGAGUCUAGAUGAUGAUUCCAGUGGCGCUGCCGCCGUGCACUUUGGAGCUGACAGUGAUGCCGAGCUGACUCGGGGAUUCUGUGCAGUUCUCCGGGAGGCUCUCGAUGGCGCACUGGCGGAAGAGAUUGUGGGGCUGUCGCUGGACCUGGCAACCAUGGGAUUGAGUGGUUCGUCGUCGCGAUCCAACACAUGGUAUAAUGUGCUCCUUGCUUUACAGAAGCGCGUGAGGCAUUUGCUCGCUCGGCGCGAGGGAAAGCGUACGUUUGAUCCCUUUCCUUCGCUGGUCAUCACUGCCGAUGGAUUCAAGCCGGAAGGAAGCUUUGCGAUCGCGCAGGCGAAGUAUCUGUUGCCAGACGCAACUAAGGUUCAGCUUCUUGCAGAUUAUCUCAGGAAGAAGCGCAUCGGAGUCGUGGCACAUUUUUACAUGGACCCCGAAGUUCAGGGUGUUUUGGUUGCUGCUCAGAAGCUAUGGCCUCACAUCCACAUAUCAGACUCGCUCGUCAUGGCGGAUCGCGCAGUUAAGAUGGCUGACCAAGGCUGUCAGGCCAUUGCUGUGCUUGGUGUGGACUUUAUGUCCGAGAAUGCAAGAGCAAUCUUGGAUCAGGCUGGCUACGAAAAGGUUCGUGUUUAUCGAAUGUCCAAGGAAAGAAUAGGAUGCUCACUUGCUGAAGCGGCAGAGAGCUCGUCUUACACAGACUAUUUAGAAAAUCGCAGUGUAAAGGCUCCAGCUCUGCAUGUCAUCUACAUCAACACGUCUCUAGAAACAAAAGCUCGAUCUCAUUCUUUGGUUCCAACUAUUACGUGCACUUCGUCCAACGUUGUCCAGACAGUACUACAGGCAUUCGCUGAAAUACCCGAUCUAACUGUGUGGUAUGGUCCUGAUUCCUACAUGGGUGCCAAUCUUGCGGUAUUGUUUCAACAACUUGCAGCUAUGGAGGACGAUGACAUUGCAGCAGUCCAUCCUUUGCACAACAAGCAAACAAUAGCCUCCCUCCUGCCGCGUUUUCACUACUUCCAGGAUGGUUCGUGUAUCGUGCACGAUAUGUUUGGAAAGGAUGUUGUGAGCCGGGUCCGGGAAGGUUACGGCGAUGCCUAUCUCACAGCACACUUCGAGGUUCCAGGGGAAAUGUUUACUCUUGCAAUGGAAGCGAAAAGAAGGGGAAUGGGAAUUGUAGGAUCGACGCAAAACAUUCUGGACUUCAUCCGGGUCCGGGUCCAGGAAGCAGUGGAACGCGAUUUUGACGAUCGUCUCCAGUUUGUAUUGGGAACGGAGUCCGGAAUGAUAACUGCUAUAGCUGCAGCCGUGCAACACAUCCUCAAGGGUGACAAAUCGGCUGGCAAGAGUGCAAGCAUAGAAGUGGAGAUCGUUUUUCCCGUGUCCUCCGAUGCUGUGACAACGUCUUCCACGGAUAAUUCUCUCAGCUCUUCGGCCUUCACAAUUGUCCCAGGCGUUUCCUCUGGCGAAGGAUGCUCACCAAGUGGAGGAUGUGCUUCCUGUCCAUACAUGAAGAUGAAUUCGCUAGAUGCGCUACUACGAGUUUGUGCGCUAGCUGGGACGCACAAGGAAGAUUUUCUAUCUGCGCACGAGAUCAAGCACAUGAAAAGGGACGUCGGUGGCCAAUCCAUGACCCAACUUGGAUGUGCUCCCAUACUCUUCAUGCGUCAUUUCCAGUCCCAGAACAAGUUACCAGAAGAGCUCAAGCAGCGCAUUAUUACCAGUGCGUGAUCGUGUGCUAAUCUCGUCAUUUCCGACAUGAAAACAUGAAUAAUCUGGUGGAAAAGUCGCGAGAAUCUGAUAAAUCCCUUUCUCGCAUUUUCUCAUCGAAAGCAAAUAUUGUUUUUCCGGAUAAAGACUAGUCAGAUAUCAAAGAAUCGAUCGAUCUAAACGUGUGCUGAUUAGAAUAUCGUAAAACCUUUAUAGUACUGAUUUACACUAAGUUCAACGUUGCAUUCAA